AUGGGUUAUCGAGAGAUUGUUUUCACAUUUAUCCCAGUCAGUAUAAAUUUUCCUAAGCGGAUAAAAAGACAGGAUGUUGAGGAGAGGAAACGUACAAGUGGAGCACCGGACAUUGCAGAAAUAGAGCUGCAGUUCUUAGAAAAAUGCCUGAUAUACCAAUCAGAAAAUAUGGAUCAGCCCGAAGAUUGGGAUGAUUCCUGCUUUUAUCCUCCGGAUAACAAGUUGACCUUGGACGUAGAAGCUUUUCGACAAGACAUGGUAUCAGCUCACAACAGAUAUCGCCAGUUACACGACAGCCCUCCGCUUACGACUUUACCGGAGCUAGAAGACGGUGCGCAGAUCUGGGCCGAGACCAUCGCUGCCAAAGGACACCUAGAGUACUGUGAACGUUUACUUAAUAUCGGGGAGAACUUGUGCAGCAUCGAUCUGAUCACUUCCGUCCCAAGUGCAAAAGAGAUCGUUCGAAACUGGUACAAAGAAAUCAAGCAGUAUAGCUUCGCAGAGCCGCGAUGGAGGCGAGGAGCCUUCCACUUGACACAAAUAUUGUGGCGUAGUACAACACAUAUUGGCAUUGGAAUAGCACCGGUGCCAGGAGAACCUCGUCUCUUCGUCGUUGUCCGUUACUUUCCCGCUGGAAAUUCCAACUUACCAGGAGAAUUCCAGAAGAAUGUUAGACCGCGCAUAUCUCUAUCUUCGACGGAAUCAAGCAACUGGUCCCAGGAAGAUUAUUCCUUUGUCAGGACCUACUCUGGGAGACUGAGAAGCUUUACAGAAGAUGCCUACAUUUGAAAAUAUGAUUAUACAUAGAAGUCAAACAUCUUCAUUUUCGAGUAUUUUCAGAUGUAAGAACCAAACUUAUUAAAUAUUUUGAAUUUUUUAUGUAAA